CCUCUUUCUCCCCGUUUUUAAUGACUUCAAACAAGUUCAUUUUCGCCGGGCUUUGUCUUGCGGAGACCCGUGGGGAUGUCUAGCGCUCUUUCCUUUCAGUGGCAUUUAUGUGAUGUCUUCAAGAGUGCGAUGUGCUGUAUCUCCUGUAGCCACACCCUCUCACUACUGCUGUGCGUCCUCACCCUGACUCCGACGGCAACAGGGGCGGGCCCAGAGACCCUGUGCGGGGCGGAGCUGGUCGACACGCUGCAGUUUGUGUGUGGAGAGAGAGGCUUUUAUUUCAGUAAACCAACAGGCUAUGGCCCCAAUGCGCGGCGGUCACGCGGCAUUGUGGAUGAGUGCUGCUUCCAAAGCUGUGAGCUGCGGCGCCUGGAGAUGUACUGUGCACCUGCCAAGACUAGCAAGCCUGCUCGCUCUGUGCGUGCACAGCGCCACACAGACAUGCCGAGAGCACCUAAGGUUAGUACCGCAGGGCACAAAGUGGACAAAGGCACAGAGCGUAGGACAGCACAGCAGCCAGACAAGACAAAAAACAAGAAGAGACCUUUACCUGGACAUAGUCAUUCAUCCUUCAAGGAAGUGCAUCAGAAAAACUCAAGUCGAGGCAACACGGGGGGCAGAAAUUACAGAAUGUAGGGGAGGAGUGAAUGGACAAAUGCCCAGCGACUUGGGAAGAGAGAAGGGAGUGGCCUUACCUGGUACCCCUGUGGAAUGGUUCACUGUAAAACAAAACAAAGAGGAGGCUAACAAUGGUCUGAAAAGUUCUCCAAAAUGAUUGAAACCUGAGAGCUAAAUGGUAAUUAAGGGUUUGAUGAGGGAUCUUGUGAUUAUUUUAUACACUGCACCAUUCCAUAUCGGGAGGAAUUCUUUGUUAAUGCAAUGUAACAGACUAGUUUAGCUGCUGAGACACGAACAAGAGCUUAUUAUACCUCCAUGUGUGAGCUGCAGCAUCCCCGGGCUCCAGGAAAGGUGGGAGCUGAUGUGGGCUUCAGCCAAUCAGAGAGCGGCAGGCUGCGUUUGAGAAUGAGCGGUCCAUCCUGUCUCUUGAAC